UGCAGUGUCCAAAAUUAGUAAAUAAAGAUGGUGGAAGAGGCAGAGUUGUGUGCCGUAUCGUUUCUGGCAGAACGUCUUACAAAAUGAAGUGGAAACAAAUGAAGAAAACGACUGACUGGUCAUUAACACGACUACCCGCGCCCCGGGUUAUUUAAUUACAUCAAGAUCAGCGUUAAUUCUUGUGUAAACACUUGUGAACAACACGUGAUUGGGAGUAGAAAAGAGCCGACAGGAUUUUUUAAAAUUAUUGUCCCAAGAUAACGGCGACACCGAGGAGUCGAGAGGGCGAGAGAGAGAGACGGUUUCAAGUAAAAAAGCCUGAAAAGGUCCAGUUGUACGAGAGGAUAAUUUAGCUCCAGAGUUCACGUUGCAGCCCCUAAGAAUCCCUCAAAAUGGUGGUCGGUGAAGCGAGCAUACACAAUAUAAUGGGAGGUAUGGAGAGCACGGGUGGUGUUCGCCUCCAUAAUCACAAAAGAAAAUUAAAGCAAAGAUUCGAUAUAAUAAAAAAACUGGGUCAGGGUACCUACGGCAAAGUUCAACUGGGAAUAAACAAAGAGACCGGUCAAGAAGUGGCAAUAAAAACCAUAAAGAAAUGCAAAAUAGAAACCGAGGCUGAUCUCAUACGAAUACGUCGGGAAAUUCAGAUAAUGUCGAGUGUUCAACAUCCCAACAUAAUCCACAUCUACGAGGUAUUCGAGAAUCGUGAGAAGAUGGUCCUAGUCAUGGAGUAUGCAGCAGGUGGUGAGCUGUAUGACUACCUCAGUGAGAGAAAAGUCCUGGCAGAGGAAGAGGCCCGGAGAAUAUUCAGACAGAUCUCGAUAGCCGUCUUCUAUUGCCAUAAGCACAAGAUCUGUCACAGAGAUCUCAAGCUGGAGAACAUUCUCCUGGAUCAGUCUGGUAAUGCGAAGAUCGCUGACUUCGGUCUGUCGAAUGUUUUCGACGAUAGGAGGCUGUUGAACACCUUCUGCGGAAGUCCUCUGUACGCAAGUCCAGAGAUCGUCAAGGGAACCCCUUAUCACGGCCCCGAGGUGGACUGCUGGAGUCUCGGUGUCCUUCUGUACACACUGGUCUACGGUGCCAUGCCCUUCGACGGCUCCAACUUCAAAAGACUCACCAGACAGAUAUCAGCGUCUGAUUACUUCGAGCCGACGUUCCCCUCACCAGCGUCUCCCCUCAUCAAAGACAUGCUGACGAAGUGCCCUUCGAGACGAGCAGACAUAGAGAGGAUAUGCUGUCACUGGUGGGUGAAUGAGGGAUACGAUCAGAACUGUCUUGACAUCGCUGAAGAUUUAGCAGCUCAGACACCCGUUAGACUCGAUCUACUGCUGUCACUGGUGCCACAAUCGGCAAGUGCUGAUAAACUAGUCGUGGGGGAUCCCAGGCCUGAGCCACCUGUCUCCAGCAUGUCAUCCGAGACUCUUGUUCCCACGAGGUGUCACUCCGUGGGGAGUCUUAUGGAAUUGGACAGAUCGACUGAUGAAAAACUCAGGGACAUUGUAGAGGGAAUGGAGGAGGAGAGAAACACAGCGUCUGGGGAGACGAAGCGAAAGCUCGAGUUGACCCCGUCGAUGGAGGAGACUGUUGCUGCUGGAACUAAGAAGAAGGAGAGGUCGAGGAGGAAGGAAAAGGAUGAGGAGCGGGAACCCAAGGCAUACAGAUCCUCCUCCAGGCAUCACUCUGCACCGAUCGGGGCUGCCAUCACUGAGGAACCUAUGGACGUUGAUCUGAGGGAUCCAGAGUCUGCUGAUGCCCUGUUGAAGAUACUGAAGGACGCGCAGGAGUCUAAGGAGAGGAGCAAGACUCCCAUUGAGGGGAAUGAGGUUAGUGGAGAGGUUAAGUCGGUGGGUAAUAACCUGGAGGAGAAAUUCGUGGGGGAGAAGAGCCCAAGAGCUUCUGCUAAAGCAAGAAAAGAGGAGGUGGAUGAACAGAGACAAAGUCUUGGAGAUUCACAGGCUAAAGAGGCCCCUCCUGAUGGUGCUCAUUGCCUAGGAGAUGCAGGACAGACCGAGGAGAAGGCUUUGAAGAAGUCUGUGGACGAAGAUGCUGCUGUUGGUCCAGCUAAACCCACGGAGAGGAGGAGGUCGAAGAUAUUCGAGACUGCUGAGAAGUUCAAUCAACUGGCGAGCAGUGGAUCAAUGGAGCCAGACAAGGCCAAGAAGAUUUUCAUACCUGGGGUUAAUGUCGGUGGUGCCAAGAGGGCCUUCGAGAGGAAGGCUAGUCUAUCAUCGAUCGCUUCACCUGGUGCAGGGAAACAGAGUCCCAAAGGGAAUGGGGAGGCAGGGGAGAAGAAGCUGGAGAAGGAGGAGAAGGGUGCGAGUGGUGAGGGCGGUGCCAAGGGAGCAGAUCACUCAGAGGAGGAACGGAAACGAGAGGAGAAGAAAAGGGCUGUCGAUAUAAUUUCAGGUGCUCUAGGUAAGCCUCCAAUAAAAAAAUCCCUGAACGGCUCUCCACCCAUGACCCCGCAGACUCCAGACCCAAAGAAGCUCGGAUUAAAGAUCCAGGUGGGGCCCAACGAUGUGAGGAACGCGACAAUCUCGAUAACAACACCAGUUGACGAAAAAUACCCAGACUAUGAGAUAACAUCUGGUAAACCAAUAGCCGACGCCUCGUUCCCCACAUCCCCGGGGUCGAAGAGCCUGGAGACAUCGCUGUCAGAGGAGCCAACAAUGUCAAGCAAGAUGGAGAUAACCCUGAAGAGCGCUACCCUCCCGAGGCAGAGGAAAACGAGCAAAGCGGAGAUUAUCCUAUCAGGUUCCAAGCCCCCCUUCAAGUCCGAGGUCGAGGCGAAGAUUGACGCCUUCCACCCCCAGAAAUUAAGGACCCAGAGGUCAGAAGUUGCGUUCCCAGUGGCUGGCAUCGUCCCCCAGGCCAGUAGAUCAGCCAGCCUGGAGCCCGAGAAUCGAGGUAAAUCGAGUAUCAAGGAGAGAAUCAUCCCCAUCUCGGUGGAGGGUGGACACCAGAGUCCACCACCCCAUGCCAAGCCCCCAAUGCCACAGAGAUCAUCGUCCCAAAAGUCAGGGUCUCUUUCGAGGCAGUCGACUGCUGAUUCUGACACUGACAGUGCACUUGGAUCGACUGUAGGGCCUGAGCCUAUCAGGAAGAGCCCUCGGGAAUACAUUAUUCCUAUCGCUGUCGAAGGGGGUGGUUAUGUGACGCCUAGGUCAGGGAGUCUCGAGCCGGAGAGCAAGAACAGCACCCCUACGAGUGUCAAUGCACCCAGAUCGAAGUUCGGGAGACCUAGGAGAAUGGGAUCUCUCCUUUCUGAUGCGAGUGAGGAUGAGUCGCCUUUCUCGAGUCUUCACAGGGAUAGCGAUGACUUACUCCAGAGACAUAUGCACCGUCUGAGGAGUUCCCGGCCCUCGAAACAAGCCCCAGAACACGCUGAUAGUCUCUCCUCCGGGGAAGACGAUGAUGACGAUGGUUUUGAGUUACUGACAGCUGAGAAUUUAUUCUCAACUCUGCUGUCCAGGGUGAGAAGUUUGACUCAACGUCUGAAUGUUGAUGACAACAGGGGCACAUGCUUCCCCAGGAGUAGACUGCUGGACAGGCUGGGCUCCAACUCUUCUCAGGGCUUUUGGGGACUCCAUGAGCCACUUUCAAGCUACGAGUGCUUCAGUGAGACGGAGAUAAUCACAACGCGGAUGACAGAAACACCAUUCAGACGUUCCACGAGCCGGGACACUGAGAGAUUCGGCAGAAAGGACUCGGCAAUGUCGUCGAACCCAGGAACCCCCAACAGCCUCGGCAGGAGUACACCUUCACGUGAAAGCAUGUUCGAUGCUGGCUCCUCCAACACCCUGCCCAGAGAUAAAAGUGACGACACGGAUCUGGACUUGAAGAUGAUAAAGGAGCUGCAGGAGGACCCGGAUGAGGAUAAGAAAUUCACCCCAUGUUUGGCGCGUCGUCUGUCGCGUCAGUUCAUAGAGAAGACACGUCUGUCAUUGCCAAGAUCCCCAUCGAUUCUGCGGGAGCGUCUGCACAGAUCCUCCACGGAGGAGCCGCUGAGCCUGACGGAUCCCCUGGACCUCUCGCUGGCAUCGUACCGAAGCAGAUCGAGUGACAGGAGCCUCCGUCGAGCGGCGAGUCUCCUGGAGUCUUGCGAGAAGCAGGAGAGAAGCGACAGCCGGAUAGCUCGAAGAAGUGUGAGUCUGUUCGAGGAUAACGACGAGCUGCUUCCACCGCUACCCCGUCAGGUGAUGACCCUGGGGCGAAAAUACCGAGAGCAGACGAAGUCGCCGAGCAAUGGAAUAAGACGAGAGUCAUUCCAGACGCAGAAGAUCCAGGAGGAGCCGACGGACCUCGUGAGCAGUCCAAAGAAACCAGGAGAGCAGUCUGAGGUGGCAGGAGCCUUCUCAAUAUCCGAGGGCAGCUCCACCACGAACCUGGGGGACACGUCGAGCUUCUCAAAGUCCGGGGAGACGUCCCCCACGGAUUCAACCUCCAGGACUCAGGAGGACUUGAGCUCGUUCAGGGCUCACGCGAAGGAAUUCGAGAAUCGACUGCUGGCAGCUGAGAAUCUGAUUAAGGAGUCGAAGCUGAGGAGUUUGGGGAUCGGAAAAUUCGAUCCCAACCUGUCGUCGAGCUAUCGAGACACGGACAAGUGCGACAAAGAGCUGCUGGGCUCGAUGAGCGACCUGACGAGUUCGGUUUUAUCGAAGAGGAGGAGCUGUAUUCCCAGUCUGCGAUUGAGAUCCGGAUCCCUGACUAGGGAGGCGUCGGCUGGGAGGGAGAGGCGGGAGGGACUGGAGGAGGGGACCGGGAGGUCGACCCCCGAGAGGUCGCUCUUGAGCAAGUUCUUCAGGAGCUCGAGCAGCACGAGAGAGUCAGAGAGAGAUAAAUCGCCGAAAGUCAAGCGGAAGAUCUCGAGAUUCCUGAGGCCGGACUUCUUCGACACCCCGAGGGAGGAGAGUCAGUAUGUCAAGGAGAAGGAGGCGCAGAAAGCGGCGGAGAAUGAGAGGCGGAAGUCCAGGUUCAUGAGGAGAAAACAAGAGGCCGAGGAGGGAGUUGGGGAGAACUUGAAGGACGAGAGGCAGGAGAAAGAACUGAAGAAUGAAGCGAAUACUCUGACGAGAGAGAAGAUAGACGAGAAGUCGAGUGUCAAAGAUGGCGGUGAGCACGAUGGAUCGAACCCUGAAGGAAGGGGGGAAAGGCAGAGUCCGAAGAACUCAUUCCUCCAGAGUCUCGAGAGGAAACUGGAGAGAUUGAGGUCGAAUGAUGAUUCAAAGCUGACGAACGGAAGUCCUGAGAAGGAGAGCUCGGUAGCAGCUGGUGAGGGUGAUGAGGAGGUGAGUCCUGGAGGGCUGAGGAAGAUCGCCAGCGCUGAGGAUUUAUCACUGGAGCCUCAGAGCUCUCCGGUACCAGCGAAGUCCAAAGUGUCCUCGGUGCUCGGGCUCUUUAAAAACGAUUCAAAGACUUCGGUGAACGGGGGCAAGCAGCAGAGCACUCUCCUCAGUAAAUUCCGAAAGAAUACGUACAAGGGCUCGAGGUCCGACACUAGUGUGAUAACCGGGGAGACCGGGGGGAGUAAGAUCCCGACGAAGGCAAAGCUGGAAAGCAAAAUCACGCCGAAGGUCCCGCGGACAAAUCUGGAGAGAAAAAAAUCGCUGGAUAAGAUCAGCGAGUCCAAGAGGUCUCCACCGAAGGACAAGGGGAAGGAGAAGUCCCCGGUGGACAAGGUGAAGGAGAAAACUCCAUCGGAAAGGUCGAGCGUCGAGCGGAAAUCAGUGGUGGAAAGAUCGUCAACGAAAUCUCCGAAGAAAUUGAGCCCGGAAAAGUCAAUUGACUCCCGAUCCGACAGGUGUCUUCCAGAGUACCGAAAGUCCUCGGAGAAGACCGAGAAGAGCUCCUCGAUCAUCCGGCUCUCCCCCCCGAAGAAAACGUCUCCCGACAAGACAGUGGACAACAAGAAGACUGAGAUGAAGGCGACUGAUAACGAGGGAAAAAUUGUUGUGAAGAAGAAAACUGUGAAGUCGGCGACGGCACCGCUGUCGACGAACGGAUCGGUUCCAAAGGUGGAUGACGAGAGGGUGAAGAAGGUGGUAAUCAAGAAGGAGAUCGUGGAGAAGGAAGGGGAGGACGGCACCAAAAAGAAGAGGAUUGUCCGGGUCGUGAAGAAAGUCGUCAAAAAGUCCGAGAGUUCAGAUAAAAAAACGGAGGAGAAGAGCAAAGAGAAACCUUUGAAAUCUCUAUCCCUAAAGAAGAUCGGGCUUAAGAAGGAGAAGAGUCCGGAGGCUGCGACGAAACCUGAAGUCCCAGCGGAAGACUUGAACAAGGGAGUAGGGAAAUCGAACUCAGUUCCAUGUCCUGUGAAUUCAGUGGAGAAAUCGGUUGAGAAGAAGGCGAUCAAGGUCGAAGCUGCGCCUGAGGAAAGUCAAAAGAGGGUGGAGAACUCAUUACCUCAAAAAAUUACUAAUCAUUCGUCAGAAGAGCCUCAGAAGAUGGUCUCCGCCGCUCCAGUGACUCUCACACUCGAGUCAUGUCCAAAAAAUUCAUCUCCAUCGCUCUCUCCCCCACGAGACCCCCCGGGAUCUGAGGCAAAGCCCCGGGUGAACCGAAGCAAUCUGAAGCUGGAUUUCUCCAAAGUCCCCCAGCACAGCUUCAAGCCACCCUCGGGUCUCAGGAGAGAAUCCCCUCGGCUGACGCCCCCGGACAAUCCGCUCCCAACUGCGUCUCCCCAGAAGAGAGAAUCGGAUUCCCUGACAGGCGAGGUGCCUCGUGUCGCUCCAGGUGAGCCUCUUCUCCCUGACUCCAGAUCGAGACCUCCCUCACGUCCCCGGGCCUCGGAAUUCUCUGAGGACAUUCUCUCCCCCACCGACGACUGCGAGAGCUUCGACUCCUGGUCAAUUUGCUCCAACGACUUCAACCAACGCUCCUCGGACUUCCACUCCCCCACUUCCCCGACGUACUGUCCCCCAGGUCGUGAUCACUCCGAGUCGAUUAUCGACAGAAUCAGGCGCAAAAGCUUCUACUCGAGAUUCAAUGAGCGCAAGCGGAAGAGCUCCCUCACAGCUUCUCCCUCGAGCCUCUCCAGCAUUAGUCCCCUUCCCACGUCGUCAACGCUCCCCAGGAAGUUCAGCUUCAGUGGUAAGGAUAGUGACAGGGUCAAGUCUCUUUCGGCGUCACCCAGGCGAUCCGAGAGACCGGUCACGAUGUACAACGACGAUCACGUGAGGUACAGGAAGUCACCGAUCGAAAGGGACAGGUACUCGGACGUUGGAUGUAGCCUGGGGGCGUACUCGGGGGAGAUGGAUCACCUGAGGAGGUACCGCAUCUCCCCUACGACCAUUUCGCCUGAUUCCACGCACCGGAGGUAUCAGGAUCUGAACUUCGAGAAUGAUCUUGGGAUUUACAAAAGCUCAACGCUCAGUGACACGACCGGUGAUUACAGGAGUGUCUCACUGCCGAGGAAGUACGGGUCCCUGGGGGCCGGGGUCGAGAGGAAGACUCCUGAGUAUUAUGAGGAACUCCUCACUCCCAGCAGGAUGGAGUUCUUGAGGAGGACUCCUGGAUCCGGGGAGGGGAAAGGGGAGAACGGGUAUACGAAUGGGCAUAUGGAGCUGGGGGAGACGGAGGGGAAGUGGAGGAGUUUCCCGGAGAAGGGAGGACUCGACUCCACCGAUGAGAGCGACAAGAGCUUCGGGGAAGAUGUCAGGAGUAAUAAUAAAUCUACAAAUGAAGUAAAAGAGCUCUCGGCUGCCUGUCCGGAUGCCGAAGCGGCAGCAUCAAUCGUCGAGUGAAAUUUCCCAGUAACAGAAAAUUCAUGUCAAUGUGCCAAAGAUCGUCAAGUAUCUCCACCAAUUUUCGCUAUCGAAGGAACAACGAAACUGACCAAAGAAUGCUUAAUGCUUAACUGUAACUCAAUCGUUAAACUAUGAAUUUUAUACGUACUUAUAAAUACUACUACGACGAUAGCUUUAAGAGGAGAAUUAGAGUUUUAUGGAAUUUGUUGGAAAUGCAAACGUUUGAGAUUUUUUGGGCAGCCUCAUAGAGACUGUCCUCUCUUUUUAUACAGAACUAAGGAUCAAAAUGAUGUUCGCAAUGAUUUUGAUGUUUCGGUGACUCGGUGAAACCUCAUGUGGAUGCUUCUUAUUUUUAAACAGUAGAAGAGAGUUUUUUUUGUUUUACAGAGUUCUUCAUGAGGAUUUUUUGAUCAUUUUCCAUGCAUUUCUUAUUAGAGUGUGUUUAUAUGAAUUUUAUAUGGAAAAUUCGGUCUUACUGAUUUUUAAGGAUUUUGUCUGAGCUUCCCAGUGCGAAAAACCUCGCGGAAAAUCCCAGAGAAUUCUAUAGAAAACCCCACUCUAUUUACAUUUAUUCAUUAAAUGAUGAUAAUCAAAUGACAUAGAAUAUUUACUAAUUAAAUCAUUGACUGUAGAAUUGCCUGAACUUUAUUUAAAAAAUCAACAGAAUUUUCCAUCGAAUUCUCUGCAAAAUUUCUGCAUAAUUAUUUCGUAAGUGUCUUUACGCCAUCUAGUCGCAUUUUAUUUCGUAAUUAUUCGUUGGCUCUGAUGAUUUAUCUUCGGAUAAAUCCUUCUAUUGUGCAGCCACGCGUGAUUUUAACUGGAGAGUCAAAUUUAAAGGUGGUGAUGAGCCUGAAAUCAUGUUCUCCGAUAGUCAGCGGUGCCUUCCUCAAAGCCAUUGGUUAAUACUCACUUCCGGUCUCAGUAGUGGCAAGAGAAUUAAUGAGAGACUUUAGAAAAUUUAAAUAUUCAAAUAAACUGUGAAGACUCCCCCCGUUGACGAGACUAUUUACCUCGCGGUUGAUAGGGCGGGUUUUCUUCCUGGAAUGUUCAACUGAGAACUCAAAGUUCGACGGUACUGUAGGUCUAGUGGCAAAUCCUUCGGUAAAUAUUUACAUGACACUUUUUUCGUCAAUGGUUGAUAAUGAUGUACAAGAAAUAGGUUUGAGGGAAAUUGUGAAUUUUGUUUCUUCAGGUUGUCUUAUAAAAUGUCUUCGAAUGUUA